AUGGACAUCAGUGCUUCGGAGAGGGCAGAAAAAACGAAAAUCGAACUACAGGAGUACUAUCGGUUUAGGCGCAAUAUUAAAUAUUGGGCAUAUUUCAGUGGUUCAUGGCCAAUCAAGGAUGCUAAUUUCUUUUAUCGCGCCCUACCUUUUUUGGUUUUCACUUCCACUAGUUUGAUAUGUAUUCAGCAGUUUCGAUUUGUCUUUGCCAACAUCACAAAUAUUGGCGUUAUGGUGGGAGGAUUUAGUCUUGGAACGAGUUUUCUAUCGGUAGCUAUGAAGGUGGCUCUUUUCAAAUUCCACAGAUUAAGAUUGCUGGAGAUACAUACAAUACUGGACGGUUUUCAUAAAGAGUCCCUAGCCGACGAGAACUCAAGAUAUUUUGUUUUGGAAAAAUUAACUGGCUUCCGACGUCUAACAAAGAUCUUAUCAAUUUGUGUCCUGUUUGGCUGUGUCUUUUGUAUCAUCGGCCCAAUGUUACUCUUUGUAGCUCAAAUUCGUAGGAACAUUCGUCCCUUGAAAUACACACUUCCAACGCCGGCUGUCUACCCGUGGAACACACACGAUAUAGGAUUACUUUAUAUAUUGACGUUUAUAUACGAAUCGUAUAAUGUCAUAGCUAUAGGUGUCGUGACUCUUGGAAUCGACGGACUAUUUGAGUUCUACAUUUUUUUUGUCAUCGGUCAGCUCAGAGUUCUCAGCGAACAAAUGAUCAAUUUUAAAGCAACAGACGAUCAUAACGCGAUUGUACGCCAAUGGGUCACGAAAUUCUUAGUGUUGAAGAAGUGCUGUCAAAUGUUACAAACAAUUUAUGGACCCAUCAUUUUGUGGCAAGUUGUAACAAAUUCAACUGUAAUUUGUACCGUCUUAUUCCAAGUUACGCAUGUGUCAGGCAUUUCUAUAGGAAGAUAUUUGCUCAUUUUCGGUUACAGUGGAACAAAAAUAAUGCAGACUUAUCUGUAUAGUUGGGCUGGAUCGAGUCUGACUGCUGAGAGUGAAGCGUUGGGAAAAUCCGUGUACUUUUGUGACUGGGUGAGUAAUGGAUGUCAACGUUUGAGGACCUCAGUUUUAAUAAUUCUGACGCAAAAGCCUCUCGUAAUCGUAGCUGCGGGUUGCGUCUAUAUUUCCCUCGAUAUGUUCCUAAUGACAUUGAACACAGCCGUAUCGUACUUCUUCUUGCUGCAGACGUUUGAGGAGAAAGCAUCAUAAUCCCCAAUUUGUGAUUGAC